AUGAGGGCACAUGGUUGGGAUGAUUUAUUCAUGAGUGUGGUAUCAUUUUGUGAACAACAUGGUAUUGAUGUUCCUGAUAUGAGUUCUCGUUAUAUGAUGAGCACACGUCAUUGCAUGUUCAGGGAGUUAAAUGACAGAUUUCCAGAGCAAACAAUUGAACUUCUUAUUCUUAGCUCAGCAUUGGAUCCUCGUAAUUCCUUCAAAUCAUUCAAUAUUGGGCAUCUAUGUAAACUUGCUGAGAAAUUCUAUCCUGCUGAUUUCAGUCUAAGUGACUUAAAAGGUUUGGAAAUUGAGUUGAGGUUGAUUCAGUUGGUGUUGACUCUUCCUGUUUCUACAGCAACAACGAAACGAGCUUUUUCAUGUAUGAGAAUGAUUAAGAAUAGACUUCGAAGCACCAUAGCUGAUGAAUUCCUUGCUGAUUGCAUGAUUCUCCACAUUGAAAGAGAGUUUGCUAAUAGUAUCGAUAAUGAAGAGAUAAUUGAGGAAUUUAAGAUUUCUAAGCCUUGUAUAAUGGGUAAGACUCAUUACGUCCCCCCUGACUAG